UCGCCCCCCACUUACCUUCUCUUCCUCCAACAAACUUGGCGGCACUUUCUUGCGUCCCUCAACACUUCUGCGAACAUCAAUGGCGCCUCCCACGGGUCCUCGUGCUAGCAGCCACGGUAGUCGGCCUAGCCUGCGGGGCACACGCGGUGGUGGCGUCGGAAAGCGCCGGGGCACCCCACGGACCGAUCGCGAUGGCGACAUUGCCAUGGACAGCGUCAGUGCCGGCAAUCCACCAUCUAGUUCUGCAGCCCAUUCCGCCCGUGGAAGUCGCGCAUCUAAAGGAGGGAGAGGCGCCCGGUCGUCGACGAGGCUCGCCCAGAACGUUCGAAAUUUUAUGUCGGAGCAGGAUGGCACCGUUCGCAAUGUGAAGCAACCCAACAAAGUCACUCUGAAGAUCCACGGCCUCAAAGACAGUAAAGCGGCCAGCAAUCCCGACGGCGGUCUUCGCUCGCUUCUCGACUUUCUCGAGCGCAAAUCCUCCAAGGAACGGCCCAUUACGCUCGGUCGGGGUGUGAUUCGCGGAGACCAUGUCUGGCUCAAGGUCAAUCCAGCCGACGCUCCCCAUCUGUUACGACUGAACGGCUACACAUAUGCGGGCGCCUCCCUGACCAUCGAGGAAACAAGCGAGCCGAUGCCUGGACCUGGCAACCAAUCCGCCGACGGUCCCGAACCGAAACCGUCAGAAACAAAAGACAAGUUGUUGGGGGUUCUGGCUUCUCGAUACAACGUGGAACAGAAACUUCUGGAUCUUUCAGCGCUGGGAGCUGACCAAACGCUCAUCAGCAUGGGCGCGUUUGAGACCAGGGCCCUGGCGGAGAAGUCGUUCAAGGCACUCAUGCGUCUCACGGCCACGAAUUACCAGAGCGCCGCCGAAAAAGAAGCAAGCAUCCAGGCCGUUACCAUUGCAAAUAACGACAUCCACGACGUCGGCGAAGUUUUCACGUUAGCUACCACCCUGCCUCGCCUCCGCCGUCUCGACAUCAGCGGUAACAAGCUCGAGGACAUGUCGAAACUUUCCAAGUGGCGCCAUGAAUUUCGGCUCCUGGAGGAGCUUCACAUGGUUGGCAAUCCUGUCGCGAGCUCGCAAAACUAUCCCGCUCAGGUUAUCGAAUGGUUUCCGAGUCUUCAGAUCUUAGACGGACACCGAGUUCGGACUCCGGAAGAGGCCGCCGAAGCCCUCAAGGCGUGGUUCCCUACACCUCUGCCUUACCUGCCGUCUAACCUUCGGGACGGGGGCAACAACGUGGCCAGUACAUUCCUCCGCAGCUUCUUCACCAUGUAUGAUCAAGACCGGCCCGCUCUAGCCAGGCAGUUUUACGAUGACGAAUCCGCCUUCUCGCUCAACAUUGGCACCGAGCUUAACCCGAGCACUUAUCAAAACUACUCCAGGAACCUGGAAACGAUAGGCUUCCGAAACCCAUCUGCCCAUCAGCGGCUAUUCACUGGAAGCAAUCUGAUCGCCGAGCUCUGGGCCCGGCUACCCGCUACACGGCAUCCUAGUCUGGAUCUCCCCGACGAGUGGCAGAUUGAUUGUCACACCUUCCCAAGCUUGGCCGACCCUACUGGACAAGGUCUAGCCAUGGGCCUAGCUAUCACUGUCUACAGCCGGUUCGAAGAAAUGGACCCUGCACAGCAGCUCCCUGGCACCCGCAAGUUCUCUCGUUCUUUCAUUCUUGGCCCGAGCAAACCGGGUGCUCCGCAUCCUUACCGCGUAAUCAGCGAUGAGCUUACGCUGCGAGACCGAAUCUCGCAACAGACGCCGACCGUCGCCGCUCAAGCUCCCGCCGCCGUGGCGCCUGUCCCGGCGCCUGUCCCAUCGCCCGCCGUCCCGACCCAACCACCCAUGCUGGACGAUGCCAUCCGUGCCCAGAUGAUUGAGGAGCUGUCUCGGCAAACAGGCAUGACUGCGGAGUAUUCUCGGCUUUGCUUGGCCGGCGUCGCCGAUUGGAAUUUCGAAUUGGCGCUCAGGUCGUUUCAGGAGAAGAGAGCCGAACUGCCACCAGAGGCUUUCACUCACCCUGCCUAGUCUGUGGGAGGGAGUGGUAGCACUGUAGAUGUGAGAGAACGGGUGGUUAGAUAACGGAUGGGCGAGAUUUGAUAUGAACCGGAAAAGGCGAAACCAAGGUUGGGAAAAGAGUGAAUUAUAGGUUUUGGAGCGAUUGAAAAUUAUUG